AUGAUAGUGAAGUGCUGGCUAUCAUCGUUACCUUCCCGGUGGCAAGCAUUCUUUGCCAAUCGUGUAUCAGAAAUACAGCAUAUCACUAAGAAGGCAGUGUGGAACCACAUCGCCGGUGCAGACAAUCCGGCAGAUAUCAUUUCGCGGGGAAUGACACCCACACAACUACAGUAUCAGCCUCUGUGGUUUGAAGGCCCUCUGUGGGUAUGUCGAGCACAUUCUACAUGGCCAGAGUCAGCAGUCAUCCAGUCAGCGCUGGAUAGUUCUCUUUUAGAAGAAAAACUAUCUGCGUCACUUCCGGUUCAAACAAAGCCUCAAAGUGACAUAUUUUUGCUGAGAUCCUCGUUCCCGGAUUUCGUUCGGAUAGUAGCAUGGAUUCGUCGCUUCGCUUACAAUGCAUUGCCUCGCAACCGCAGUAGCAGGCGUCUAGAACAUUUGUCAUCGACGGAAUACAAUGAUGCUGUAACGAUUUUGGUUCGAGUUGCUCAACACGAGAGCUUUCCUGAAGAAAUAGCAGCUUUAUCGAAAGGUGAACCAAUAAAGUCAUCAUCUAAAUUGCUCUCGUCAAAUCCUCAUUUAGUUGAUGGUAUUCUCCGCGUCGGCGGUCGAUUAGCUCAUGCACCAGUGUCAGAAUAUCGUAAGCAUCCAAUGAUUCUUCACCAUCAACACCCACUGGCAAAGCUGGUCAUGGAGCAUUAUCAUCGUAAACUGUUUCACGCCGGUCAGCAACUUCUCAUAGCUUCGGUCAGAGAAAGGUUCUGGCCAACUCGCAUUCGCGAUUUAGCACGUUGGACCAUCCAUCGAUGUGUUCAAUGUUUUCGCAACAAACCCAAAGUCCACGAGCAGCUAAUGGCUGAUUUACCAUCCGUUCGUGUCACUCCUGCAGCGGCAUUCCUGAAAGUUGGAAUCGAUUUUUGCGGACCGUUCUACAUUCGCUAUCCAGUUCGUCGGAGUACGCCGGUGAAGUCCUUCGUAUGCAUUUUCGUUUGCCUAGCGACCAAGGCAGUCCACAUGGAAGUCGUAGCAGAUCUGUCAACGCAAGCAUUUCUGGCGGCAUUCAAACGCUUCGUAGCAGUCCGUGGCAAACCGCAACUAGUCAUGUGUGACAAUGCGACUAAUUUCGUUGGGGCAAAUCGGGAGCUCGAGGAACUCCGGCAGCAACUGUAUAACCAGCAGUUUCAGCACGAAAUUAUCAAGUCAUCGGAAGAAGAAGGAAUAGAUUUCAAAUUCAUCCCACCGCGCUCUCCGAAUUUCGGCGGAUUGUGGGAAGCGGCGGUUAAGUCCUUCAAAGGACAUUUUCGCAAGACCAUAGGAAGCAGACCGUUGACAUACGAUGAACUACACACCAUUGUUCAGCAAGUGGCAGCGAUUCUAAACUCUCGUCCAUUGACACCCUUGAGUAACGAUCCUAAUGAUUACACUGUACUGACCCCGGGACAUUUUCUGGUGGGACGACCACUCACAGCGAUUCCUGAACCAGAUUUGCAAGAGAUCCCCGAAAAUCGACUCUCUCAGUGGCAACGUACGCAAGGAUUCGUACAACAACUAAGGCGGAAAUGGAAGACGCAAUAUCUGUCAGAUUUGCAUAACAGGACAAAGUGGACUCGACAACGCAACGACAUCACAGUUGGAACGAUGGUCCUAGUAAAGGAGGAAAACUUGCCUCCUCAGAAAUGGCGGUUAGGUCGAGUUGCAGAACUGUUUACGGGCGAAGAUGGAAACAUUUGA